CCGCGCCGCCGCCCUCGGCGCCCCGCGGCGCCCCCCGGUCCCGCCCGCCAUGCCCGGCCCGGCCGCGGGCAGCAGGGCCCGGGUCUACGCCGAGGUGAACAGCCUGAGGAGCCGCGAGUACUGGGACUAUGAGGCUCACGUCCCGAGCUGGGGUAAUCAAGAUGAUUACCAACUGGUCCGAAAACUUGGUCGCGGAAAGUAUAGUGAAGUAUUCGAGGCCAUUAACAUCACCAACAAUGAGAGAGUGGUGGUAAAAAUUCUCAAGCCAGUGAAGAAAAAGAAGAUAAAACGAGAGGUUAAGAUUCUGGAGAACCUUCGCGGUGGAACGAAUAUCAUUAAGCUGAUUGACACUGUGAAGGACCCCGUGUCAAAGACACCAGCUUUGGUAUUCGAAUAUAUCAAUAAUACAGAUUUUAAGGCUCUGGAUUACUGCCACAGCAAGGGCAUCAUGCACAGGGAUGUGAAACCUCACAACGUCAUGAUCGACCACCAGCAGAAAAAGCUGCGGCUGAUAGACUGGGGCCUCGCCGAGUUCUACCACCCUGCGCAGGAGUACAACGUCCGCGUGGCCUCCCGCUACUUCAAGGGGCCCGAGCUGCUGGUGGACUACCAGAUGUACGACUACAGCUUGGACAUGUGGAGCCUGGGCUGCAUGCUGGCGAGCAUGAUCUUCCGGAAGGAGCCCUUCUUCCACGGCCAGGACAACUACGACCAGCUUGUUCGCAUCGCCAAGGUCCUGGGCACGGACGAGCUGUACGGGUAUCUGAAGAAGUACCACAUAGACCUCGACCCGCACUUCAACGACAUCCUGGGACAACAUUCACGGAAACGCUGGGAAAACUUCAUCCACAGUGAGAACAGACACCUCGUCAGCCCCGAGGCCCUAGACCUUCUGGACAAACUGCUGCGAUACGACCAUCAACAGCGGCUGACCGCCAAAGAGGCCAUGGAGCACCCAUACUUCUACCCUGUGGUGAAGGAGCAGUCCCAGCCCUGCGCAGAUAACGCUGUACUUUCCAGUGGUCUCACGGCGGCCCGGUGAAGACUGGAAAGCGACGGGUAAUGCGGCAUUGAUGCUUGCCAAUAAAACCAACCAACCAAACCCAAAUCUUGAAGGAAAACUGCAGUGUGAUAAAAAGAAAUUCUAGUCAUUCCUUCUAAACGCAAAGAAGAGUAAAGGCCUAAAAGUCUGUCAAAAAAGAAAGAAACUCCCCAGUAACAGUCUGCAGGGAGCUGCCGCUCUGGCAGCGAGCGAGACGAUGCACAUAGUUCAGGAUGUGAGGGGCCUCCCCCCGGGGAAGGCGCGGGAGCGGGAGACUCGGAGUUGCUGUACAGUCACCUUUAUUUAACGGGAGACCACUGUUGAGGUAGCCUGCUCGGUCACCACGCUCUGACCCUCUGACUUCCUGUCCCUCGCCCUGGGGGCGGGGUUUCCCGGGUGGGAGUCAGGCCCCGCGUUAGCCACACGUCAGCAGUCAGUCUGUACCGACACACCAGCCUCAUCUGCGAAAAGGAGAUAUUAAAACAGUGACAGUAUUUUUUUUAAACUCUUCUACAAAUUCAUGUUUUAUGUAUUUUUUUAUGACAUGAGCUCUCUAGGAAAUGUACCUCAUGCCUGCAGUUUCCUUCUAAGUGCGUUCACUUGGGAGCGAACUGCAGUCACUCCCGAGUCCCUUUUGAUGUCAGCAGACGUCACUUUACAUCUUCUGAUGCCGUGAACAGGUCCAUCCGUCGCAUCAAAAGUGAUGCUACGUGCAUAACUUGGAGCUCACCGUAACCUUUGUUAUUUUGCCUAACCAUAAAACCUUGUGGCUAUUUUUUUGUGUAGCUUUUUUUUUUUUUGCAGCCGUGUAAGGAAACCUCACCAUGUCCCCAGCACAUCCCUUUGUUGCACCUAUUUUAAUGCAUCUCUCUGAAGCAAAGACUUUUUGUUCACAUCCAUAAUAAAGCUGGAAGGUCAGUCUUUAGGCAGGUCGGGGAGGGAAAGGGAGAAAGGGUUCUAUGAGAAUUUAUUCAGGAAUGACCUCGUCAAUGAAAAAAACAUACUUCCCCAUCUCCACUCUUUCUUUUUUUUUUGGGGGGGGGGUCCCCAUGAGAAAUAACUUCCCACUGUAAUCAGGGUAAUCUGCAUUUUCAAGCUCUGAUGGGUAACACAUGAGUGUGAUAAGUCCGUGUUGCGUGCCGGGCUGGCGUGUGGGCACAGCCGCGCCGUAGCCCAGGCAGCGGAGGAGAGCCCCAUGCGGUGGGUUCGGUGUGGGGUGGGGGGAGUGGAGCUGCUGGAGCAGGCAUCGUGUGCGAUCCAUUGCGCUAGCCUUCACGGUAGCAAAGGAAGCUAGAGUUUGUUUGAAAGAGUAAAAAAUAGGGCUAAUUUCAUUUGGGGCACUUGUCGCCAACAUGGUUUGCGAGCAGCCCCCUCGCCCCGGCUGCGGAGCCGCGCCGCAGCCGCGGGAACUUCCACUCCUAGGCUAGAGCUGGAGGCGUCUGCCGCCACGUCACACUUAGGGUUUCUUUAUUAACUAUUUAAUAAUGCCAUACGUUUUUAUAAGGUUAGAUUGUUUAUUUGAAAACAUCUGUUUACAUUCCAUAUUCCAAUAAAAUCAUAUUGGUAUUGGUAGCAGGUCCUAUCUCUAAAUGUAGAUUCUAUUUUUGUCAUUUGGUUGGUGGGAACUUAAAAUACAAAUGAAACUCUUAUUACAGAGUUGACCUUAUACAGAUUAAAAAGUGAAAGAAAGAUCCCAAAGCCAGGAAAUGCAGUCUGUUACGGUUCUCACACUCAUACUGCCUGCCUGCAUUGCACACUCUGUAUGUGAAUGUAUGCAUUUGUUCUACCUGAGAAGGACAAGUCACGAGCCCUUGGCUGAAGCUAUAUGGCCGUGUCGGGCAGUAGACUCAGUGUUUUGGAUGGUCAGAGCCUUCUAACGUGCCCUUCGAGGCGACACCGACUGUUGCUCGAUAGCAAGGAAAUGGGCCGCUGUGUGUCUGUCCUGCCCCCCACCCUCAUCUCCUUUGGCCCCAUGCCCUCCACCCACACUUCUUUCUAAUUUGCCUGUCUGGACCGGACUUGGUGAAGUAGUGACCCUGUUCUUUCCCCUGGGUCCCCAGAGGCAAUAGAAGCAUCUGGAGAAGAGCCGGGUGGCGUCCUUGCGCCUCUCCCCGCUGUGGUCUGCUUCAGCAGGUGUCGGCAGCUCCCUGCCUGACCCAGGGCUCUGUAACUACAGGCCCGACACGGGAGUCACGCCUCCUUUUCCGCACAGCUUACUCCCCCACCCCUGCACUCUCCCCUCCCUCCAUGCCUUAGACACACAGCAACACUGAGCUGAAAACACUCCUUCCCGAGGAUGGUGUUGAUGCCCGGCUUGCUGGCUGGCUGACACUGUAGGUGGUUUUUUCCCCAAACUGAAGCGAGGCCAGUCCAGACCUUUUCUCCUUUACCUGUCUCCAGCACCAUUUUAUGUCCGGACGGACCUAGCUCCCUCAAGAUUUUAGAGCCUUUACCUGGGUUAAGAGAUGGUCUGGCAGAGUUCCAGGAAUGAGAGGUGACGGGUGUGUGUGUGAGAGAGAGUGUAUGUGUGUGUAUGUCUAAUAUUUAGACUAAGCUAUGGCAGGUUGACCCACCCAAUAUUUUUUUCAGUUAGCAUAUUAAAUUCAUCUCAGUAAUUAUCAUUAGAUGCUUGUUUGCUUCAUUACCUUACAACAGGUCAGAAGUGCCUAUGAUAGGGACUUCCUCUUUCCUAAAGAAAAGCAAAAAGAUGGGAACAGGGUAGCAUUGUGCUGUCAUCUCAGGGACUGCCUGCGUUUGGGGACGUAGACCUGGGGUGGUGGGGACAGCAGGGCCCUGGGCCAGACACAGGCGGUGGGGCGCAGUUGGUCAACCACAGCGAGCAGGGUAACUGCAGGGACAGGCUCCGGCGGAGGGGUCCCGCGGUGAGAGCGGAGCUGCUGUCAUUCUCACCCGUGGUUUACCUGCGGUUGACUCUCCCCUGGACCGAGUCAGCUGGCCUGCUCCUGUCUCGUCCCCACGGGGGGCGGCUGGCUGGGCAGGGGACGCCAUCAGACGCAGAAUGCAGACCAAGCGCCCACGGGCCUUCUUACCAGCCAGCGGGGCGCAGGUGCCAGUGCCGGUUGUGCGGGCACCAGGCACAUCGGUCCCUCCGCCGGGUCUCCUAACAGACCUUGGUGGCACAUGGGUCCUCACCAGGCUCAAAGCAAGUGUAUUCCCUCGCAGAGAAGGAAGGUCCUCAGACUGAUUAGUCAGAGGAGACAUCAGAACUUGUAGCCCUGGGGGCCUGGGGGAGGGGCCCAGGUAGAGGGCUCUUGAAAAAGGGAACCAAAAAGAAAGUCGAACAGUAGAUCUUGAUGAGGGAACACGACUUCCCGCGGAGAGAAAACCCCAGGGGGCACAGCGGUCAUGUCCUGGAGUGCGCCCUGAGGUGGACACGGCCCCCUGGACUGGUUCCCGUGGGUGCUCUUGAGGCAGACGUGAGACCCGGACAGAGCUGGCAGCCGGCUGUGGGGCUCGGUCGGGGCCUGCUCAGGACUCAGGGAAAUGACUUAGGUUCUCCCGGUGCUGCGUUGCUGAGGAUGGAAGAAAAGUUACUCUGGGACACAAGCAACAAUUGGAGGAAUUUUUAUAUAUGCACCGAAGUAGAUCUAACAGUUCCAUCAGUAGUUCCCUUUCAUGCCAGUUCAAAUUAAAUGAUUUGUUUAGAAACCUGUGUUACUGUGUGAACACCCACAGGAAAAAGCAGAUUUCCCUCUCACAAAUGAAUUGGAGUGGGUAAUAAUGGAUCAAAGUCAAGGUCAUUGAAAUAUAAACCCUUUCAAAAGCAAAACCAGGGUCCACCUGAGCACACAAGAAGCCAAAGUUUGUCCGUGAGCUUUUAGAUCUAAGACCGAACGUCCUGCCUUUAAAAACAACCCCAGGGUGGGCGUGGGGGAGGGGAGGUGGCGGGGAAACCGCUAAAACCAGUGAUGUGCUGCUGGGCCGCAUGGGCGUGUUGAUGAGAAUGACCCUGUGCAAGUAUUGCGGAGGCGUGGGGAGCAUGGGUGGGGUUAUGCGGGUGGGGCGCACUUUUGUGGAGAGACUCAACAAUGUGCUACAAAUGUGAUACUUAAUCCUGAACUACAUGUAUUGAGGAUUGUUUUUUUUU